GCUUGGUAGAGGCCAAGAGCCCUGUGCCACCACCACUGCCCGAAGAUGCUCAGGACAGCGGGACUGGCCCUGCUGGCUCUAGUCAGUGCUGUGGGCCCCAGCCAGGCCAGUGGCUUCACAGAAAAAGGCCUCUCCCUGUUGGGCUACCAGCUGUGCAGCCACCGCGUGACCCACACUGAACAGAAGGUGGAGGCUGUGCAGACACCCUACACGACCUAUGUGUCCUGCGGUGGCUGGAUCCCCUGGAGGCGGUGCCCCAAGACUGUUUACCGGACCCAGUACCUGGUGGUGGACGUCCCCGAGUCCAGGAAUGUGACCGACUGCUGUGAGGGCUAUGAGCAGCUUGGCCUCUACUGUGUCUUGCCCCUCAAUCGGUCCAGCGAGUUCACAUCAAGACCUGGGGUCUGCCCCCCAGAGGGACCUGAACCAUUCACCUCGUCCUGCGGCUUGGACACUGACUGUCCGGGGCUUCAGAAGUGCUGCCCCUGGUCAGGGGGUUAUGGUUGCGUGACCCCUGCACCCCAAGCUCCAGAGAGGGACCCUGUGGGCUCCUGGUACAACGUCACCAUGCUGGUGAAAAUGGACUUCAAGGAACUCCAGCAAGUGGACCCCAGGCUCCUGAACCACACGCGCCUCCUGCACUCCUUGGUCACCGGUGCCCUGCAGCCAUUGGCCUCCACCGUCCAUCACCUGCACUCGGCCCCUGGGGACGCCUCCACCACGGUGUCGCGGCUGCUGCUGGGCCUGCCUUGGCCAUUGCCCGUGGCUGACGUCUCCAGCCUGCUGGGUGACAUCGCAAAGCGUGCCUAUGAAGUGAUCAGCGUCCAGGUGCAAGAUGUCAAUGAGUGUUUCUAUGACGAGCUCAACACCUGUUCUGGAAGGGAACUGUGUGCUAACCUGGAGGGUUCGUACCGGUGCGUCUGUCACCAGGAGGCUCCAGCCACGUCUCCCCGGAAGCCGAACCCCGAGUGUGAAGAUUGCCCUACACUCAGUGACUACAGGAUCCUCAAUGUCACCGGUGGCGGUUUUCAAGUAUCCUGGCGUUUGAAUUCUACGCAGAACCGCACUUUCUAUGUCCGGGUUUACCGGGGUGAGGAGUUGCUCAGGAGCGCCAGGACACGGGGCCUGGCACUGGCAGUAUCUGGGCUGGAGGCUGGAGUGCUCUACAGGGUGAAGACCAGCUACCAGGGGUGCGGGGCAGAUGUCUCCACCAUGCUGACCGUCAAGACCGAAGCCCAGGUGUUUGAAGUCACAAUAAAGAUCGUAAACCGAAACCUGACGGAGCAGUUACGUGACCGCAGCAGCGUGGAGUACCAGGCCUUUUCCAGAGAGCUGCUUCACGAGGUCGAGAGCUCCUUCCCGCCGGUGGUGUCUGACUUGUACCAAAGUGGGAAACUGAGGAUGCACAUCGUGUCUCUCCAGGCGGGAAGCGUGGCCGUGAGGCUCAGGCUUACCGUGCAGGACCCCAGGGUUCCUGUGGGUGUCUCCACGCUGGCCCCAAUGCUCCAGUCCCUGCUGGCAAGCACAGUGUUCCAGAUUGACCAGCAGGGGACACUCGUGCAAGACUGGGACGAGUGUGUGGACAGCACGGAGCACGACUGCUCGCCGGCUGCCUGGUGCAUCAAUCUGGAGGGCUCCUACACCUGCCAGUGCCGAACAGCCAGGGACGCCAUGCCCUCCCGCGCGGGCCGGGUCUGUGAGGGUGACCUGGUGAGCCCCACCGGCGGUGGGCUGUCUGCGGCAACAGGGGUCACGGUCCCAGCUCUUGGCACGGGAAUGACAGCCCUCGGCUUAGAGAACUUCACCUUGUCACCCAGCCCUGGGCACCUUCGGAGCACCCCGGCAGUAGGCCAGACCUGGACCCCAGGGCCCCCACCCAGGAGAGGAGGCAGCAGUGUGGUUGGGUAUGACAGAAACAACACAGGAAAAGGUGUGGAGCAGGAGGCGCCCAGCAUUGCCCCAGGUUUGGGGAUGGACCAAGGGAGCCAGGCGAACUCCAGCCAGGGGAGCACCAGCCAGGGGAGCACCAGCCAGGGGAGCACCAGCCACGAGAUCCCCGGCCACAGGAACACUGUCAGGGUGAUAGGCACCACCUCCUCCCCCAAGGCUCCUGGGUCAACCCACAGCUUCCCUCCUGGGGCCACAGAUGGCCCACUGGCCCUCCCUGAACAGUUACUGGGAAACUCCUCCUGGCCUUCCCCUACCAAGGACCCCACUGGCCAUGUCAUGUGGCAUGCCACACGUCCCACCUGGGAAACACUUCUGAAUCCCACGUGGCUGCAAAAUGAGAACAGUGGACCCUCUGGCUCUGCAGACCUGCCAUCGACCCCCACCCUUACACCUCUGAAGAGCCCUGCCUGUGUUCCCGUCUCCAUUGGGAGGAUCGUGGUCUCCAAUGUGACCAGCACAGGUUUCCACCUGGCAUGGGAGGCGCGUCUCGCUCUGGGCUCUGCCUUCCAGCUCACUCUGACUUCUGCGUGGAGCCCCACGGUGGUCCUAGAGACCUGGGACACGAGUGUGACCCUGUCGGGGCUGGAGCCUGGGGUCUUGCACCUGGUGGAGAUCGUGGCCAAAGUGUGUGGGAAAGAAGGAGCCAGAGCUCGUCUGAAAGUGAGGACAGCAGCCCAGAAGCUCACUGGAAAGGUCAGAAUCGCAAAUGUUGGGUACUCAGAAUCCUUUGGUAAUGCAAGCAGCCAGGAGUAUCGACGUUUCCUAGAACUAUUCUUCAGGACGGUGUGGGACUCCCUGCCAGCUGCCCUGCGUCAGCACGUGGACGCUGGCGGGGUCAGGAUGGAAGUCAUUGGUGUCACCAACGGCAGUGUCGUGGUCGAGUUUCACUUGCUGAUCAUUGCAGACCUGGAUGUCCGGGAGGUGGCCUCCGCGUUCCUCACCGCCUUCCAGACGGCGCCUCUGCUGGAGGUGAUGGGAGGAGACACCUUCAUACAGGAUUACGACGAGUGUGAAAGGAAGGAGGAUGACUGUUUGCCGGGGACAGCCUGCCGAAACACCCUCGGCUCUUUCACUUGCAGCUGCGAGGGAGGAGCCCCCGACUUCUCUGUACAAUAUUCUGAGAGACCCUGUGAAGGUGACUCUACAGGCAACGAGAGCGCCACCCACCCAGAGAGGCCCCUCAUGGCAGCAGGGACCAAGGCUGCCUUUGUGCAAGGCACCAGCCCCACCCCCCAGGGCCUGCCCCAACGGCUGAACCUGACCGGAGCAGUCAGGGUGCUCUGUGAGAUCGAGAAGGUGGUUGUCGCCAUCCAGAAGCGCUUCCUGCAGCAGGAAUCCAUCCCUGAGUCCUCGCUGUAUCUGAGCCACCCCUCCUGCAACGUGAGCCUCAGCAAUGGCACGCACGUGCUUCUGGAGGCUGGCUGGAGCGAGUGCGGGACCGUCAUGCAGAGUAACGUGACAAGCACGGUGGUGAGGACCACGCUGAGGAACGACUUGCCCCCAGAGGGCAUCAUCCACUACCUGAAGAUCCUGAGCCCCAUCUAUUGUGCCUUCCAGAAUGACCUGCUGACAUCCUCCGGCUUCACCCCAGAAUGGGGGGUUUACACCGUCAUCGAGGACCUCCACGGCGCUGGGAAUUUUGUUACCGAAAUGCAGUUGUUCAUUGGAGACUCUCCCAUACCUCAGAAUUACAGUGUGUCCGCCAGCGAAGACGUCAAGAUCGAAGUGGGGCUCUACAGGCAGAAAAGCAACCUCAAGGUGGUCCUGAUGGAGUGCUGGGCAACCCCGUCCAGCAACGCCCGGGACCCGGUCACCUUCCGCUUCAUUACCAACAGCUGCCCCGUGCCCAACACAUACACCCACAUGAUUGAGAACGGCUACUCCAGCAAGGCCCGGUUCAAGCUGAGGAUCUUCUCCUUCAUCCACAACUCCAUGGUCUACCUGCACUGCAAACUCCGCAUCUGCAUGGACUCCCCCGGGGCCACGUGCAAAAUCAAUUGCAGUAACUUUCGGUUGCUGAAAAACAGUGAAACCUCUGCCACACACCAGAUGUCCUGGGGACCCCUCAUUCGGUCUGAAGGUGAGCCUCCACGUGCAGAAGCAGGCCUGGGCACUGGCUAUGUGGUCCUCACCGUGGUGGCCAUCUCUGUGCUGGUGGUGGGAGCAGCCACCUUUCUGAUCGUGCGCUACCGGAGAACCAAUGGGAGAUACAACUUUACAAUCCAGUCCGACAACCUCAGCUACCGGCUGUUCUACGGAUAGGAGGCGCAGGCUGGCAGGAAGGUCGCCGUGAGUCAACCUGCCUCGAGAACCUUGGAGCUUCCCUGGCGGGCUGCCCCAGGAUCCGUAGUGUCUCUCUGCAUCUCCAUCCAUCCCUUGGUUCUUAACUCUUCAAGCCUUAAUGGGGUCUGCUCUGAUGGGUGUGCACUGCCAGCGCCUGAGUGAGCCCGAGAAGAUGACAGCAGCCACCGUCUUCCCCCAAGAGGCAGGCUGUCUGUUGGUCCCAGAGGAGCCACACCUCACAGGCAGAUGAAGGGGCUAUGGGAAUGGGGGCAGUGCUGGGGGUGCCCCCGCUCUACCACACCCACACGGCCCCCACAGUCCAGACCUCCCAGACCUGUGACCCUCCACGGCAGCCCAUGGGACCCUCCUGGGCUUGCUCUCCCUUGACAUCCCUCACUCUUUGGCAAAUAGAGAAUAUUCCACAUUCUCA